AUGGCUGCAGCUUGGAUGGUGGUGCUUCUCUCUUUGUCUUUCGGUCUUUUAAUUGGGUCUAUUUUGGCAGAUUCAUCAUGUUAUUCGGAGUGUAAACAGGAUCGAUCUCCAAUGUGUGGUGUAUGGCUCGAAAAAGAAGAGAAUGCGGCCGCGGCUGGAACUUAUCAGCUGAACGCCGGUGUGGUGAAUAUGAGCUGUGAAUUCACCUCCCGCCCAGCACCUGCGCAAGUAAUCUGGCAACAUCGGCCAUCAGAUGAGAUCGGGGGUAACUGGAUUGAUUUUGCGUGUUCGACGAAGGACGAGAACAAGAUAUGCAGCCAAGAUGUCGAGCAUCGAGUCACCUCCCAAUGCAUCCUCCGUAUCACAUCUCUCAAUUCAACUGGCAAGUAUCGAUGCCAGGGAAUUGUACAGGACAGCCCGAAGAAGGCGUUCAGUUCCGAGAUAGUCGUCAACGUGGCCGGGAUUGAGAAGAUAGAGAAGGUGGACAGUCAAUUGACUGUUGGCCAGGCUGGAUUUAUCGAAGUCGAGAUAUGCGCCAAUCCGAAACCGGAAGUAACCUUCCUGGUAAACGGACAAUUAUUGGGGACUGGGGAAGCGGAUGGAAAAGCAGCGGUGUCACUGCUUCGACAGUUGAAAAUCAGGACCAGAAAUGAUGGCCCAGCCCGCCCGAAGCCCUAUUGCCAUUCAAUUCGACUGAUGCUAGCCAGGGUUGAAGCUACGGAUUCCGUAUCGGUCAUUGUUCGCAAUGAAGGGGAGACACGGACGGAACCAUUGCAGCUAAAUUUGAAGAAAAAUACGGCGAUCCCCUCCGUUCUGAUGUCCAUCUUGAUUUCCCUGCUCAUAUCGAUACUCAUU